CCCCGUGCGCUCCGGUCCUCCUCUGCGCGCUCCGGAUCUCGCCUCGGACAAACUGCGGCGGAACGCUGGAUCACCAAAAGUUCGCCGAAUCGGUUUAGAGGUAGCGGGCUUGGGGGCCGGAGAGGUUCGGUGUUUGUUUGUCUGGGGACUGGGGUGUUGUAUUUUUGAGUUGUUAGAUUUUUUCGCAGUUUAGUCAUGGAGACUCUCAGAGGUCUCCUCGCGCUGCUGUGCGUUUUCCUGGCUGGAGCGCAAACGCAGAUCCAAAGAAACAGACUUGCGGAGUGUCCAGUUGAUCUUUACUUCGUAUUGGAUACAUCUGAGAGUGUGGCCCUCAGACAGAAACCCCCCAACUUUUAUAUUGACCAGAUCAAAGAAUUCACCAAGCGCUUCAUAGAUGAACUCAAGGACAUGCGCCACCAAUGUGACCGCAUCCUGACGUGGAACUCAGGAGCGCUGCACUACAGUGACGAAGUCAUCAUUGUGCGAGAGCUGAGUGACCUGAGCACUGAUCGUCAGGCCCUGAAGAACGACAUCGAUACCAUCAGUUACAUCGGCAAGGGCACAUACACUGACUGUGCCAUCAAGAGGGGCCUUGCUGAGCUGCUCAUUGGGGGUUCCCACUACCAUGAGAACAAGUACAUCGUGGUGGUGACUGAUGGCCACCCUGUUACUGGUUACAAAGAGCCAUGUGGAGGAGUGCAGGAGGCUGCUAAUGAAGCCAGGCAACAUGGAGUCAAAGUGUUCGCUGUUGCCAUCUCGCCCGACCAGGAGGACACCAGGCUGUCACUCAUUGCCACAGACCAGACCUACAGACAGAACUUCACAGCUGCAGACGACUCCAGAUCCACCAAGAUCGGAACCAUUCGAACCAUCAUUGAUAUGAUUACAAACGAGACAAAGGAUGUGUGUUGUUCCUUUGACUGCAGUGCUCCAGGAGGGCCCAAAGGACCAGACGGAGACAUUGGCUCAAAGGGAGAAACAGGUAGACCAGGAAUGCCAGGAGAGAAAGGAGAUACUGGUGACGUGGGUAGCAUUGGAGAUCCUGGUCCUGUUGGUUACAGUGGAAUGAAGGGAGAUCGUGGUGGAAGAGGAGAAAAGGGUGAAAGAGGACACAAAGGCUACAAGGGAGACAAAGGUCAAAGGGGAAACGACGGAAUUGAUGGACGCAAGGGUGAAGCUGGUUUCCCUGGUCUUCCUGGCUGUAAAGGAUCUCCUGGAUCAGAUGGCAUGCAAGGAGAGCCUGGACCAAAGGGAGAUCCUGGUUCUUAUGGACAGAAAGGAGCAAAAGGAGAUCUAGGAAGAGACGGUGAAUCAGGAAGGCCUGGAAGCCCCGGAUCUCUGGGGCCUCAGGGUGAACGGGGCCCUCGUGGAGCUGAUGGGGACAAAGGAGAGCGCGGUGAUGAUGGCCCACCUGGAGUGGAUGGAGAUCGCGGCGAGGGAGGACAAAUUGGAGAGAAGGGGGAGCAAGGUUCCCGUGGAAACAGAGGUCCAAGGGGAGAGCCAGGGGAACCAGGACCCCGUGGAGAGCAGGGGAGGGAAGGCUCAGCUGGUCCCAAUGGAGCACCGGGCGAACCUGGCAGGCCCGGGUCUCCUGGAUACAGAGGAGAUGAAGGCUCACCUGGACCGGAGGGACCCAAGGGCCCGAGAGGAAUUAAAGGAGCUCCGGGAGACAGAGGAGCGAUGGGGGAGAGGGGAGAAGAUGGUGUCCAAGGAAAUGGCACAGCAGGUUGUCAUGGUUUCCAGGGUUAUCCUGGGCCCCGUGGAGACCCUGGUGAGCCGGGUGGCAAGGGAACCCCUGGACCCAAAGGGGAUGACGGAGAGCCCGGAGAUCCAGGCCCCGAUAACAACGAACCUGGGCCUCCAGGAGCUAAAGGGGCCAAAGGUCACAGAGGACCUGAAGGGAGACCGGGACCUCCUGGGCCUCCUGGACCACCAGGAACUGAUGAAUGUGAAAUUCUGGAUAUCAUCAUGAAGCUCUGCUCCUGUUGUGAGUGUAAAUGUGCACCUCUGGACCUGGCAUUCAUUGUGGACAGCUCAGAGAGUAUAGGUGCUACAAACUUUGCCCUUGCCAAAGACUUUAUCAUCACGGUCAUAGACAGACUGGUCAAAGACCAGCAAGUCAAGUUUGCAGCUAAUGAGUCCAGGGUGAGUGUAGUCCAGUACAGUGGAGCAAAAGCCCAAGAAGCUGUCAGAAUGGGCCCCGACUUUACUAGCCUCACCGAAUUCAAACAGGCAGUGAGAAACUUGCGCUGGCUGGCUGAGGCCACAUUCACAGGCGAGGCCCUUGAAUUUGCUCUGAACAAGGAAAUCACUCUAAUGAGGCAAGAAAACCGUGUCGUUCUCGUUCUCACCGACGGCCGCUCUGAUAUUUCCAGGGACAAGGUUCCCCUCGACAUACUCUGUGAUAAAGGCAUCCGGGUGGGUGGUUUAGGAGUGAAGGACUACUCAGGCCGUCAGCCCAACCAGGAACAGAUUGGGAAUGUGGUGUGUAAAAGUGACCCCAAACCAGGCUUUUCCUUCGUCCUGGAGAACUUUGCUGAGCUGCUGGAUGACACUUUCCUGCAGAACCUCACAUCCAAAAUCUGUCAAGAUAAGAAAUGCCCAGACUACAAAUGUCCCAUCAUUUUCAAUGAAGGUGCUGAUAUUUUGAUGAUGAUGGACAGCUCAGCCAGUGUGGGCCAGAAGAACUUUGAGACAAGCAAGACCUUUGUCCGCCGCGUUGCAGAGCAUUUCCUGGCAGCAAAGAUGAACGGGGGUGCUACUGUCAGAGUGGGUGUGGGCCAGUACAGCCGAAGUGCCCGCAUGGAACAGGCGCCGACUACCAAUUUGACCCUCCUGUCAAGUCAAAUUGAAGAGGUGACCUUCCAAAAUGACGGCACCAACGUGGUAGAAGCCAUGGAAUUUGCAGUGCGGAGUUUACGCGGCCGUGGCGACGCAUCGGGUGGCCUCAAGAAGCUGGUGCUGUUCUCUGAUGGCAGGUCUCAGGCUGUCACCCAGCCCGUGCUGGAGAAGCGUGUUCGUGAGGUGGCGGACUCCAGGGUGGAGCUCUUUGUCAUCGCUGUUGGCAACCAGGUCAGUGAGGCCAACCUACGCACGCUGGUGAGCAGGGGGCGGCCGGACGACAUCACCUACGCCCAGCGCCACCUGAUCCGUGUCGCAGACUACCCUUCUCUGCUCCGUGGGGUCUUCUCCCAGACCGUCGCCCGCAGGGUGUCCAUGCGCUAAAUUCAGGGCCGAAAACAAAAGGACCAACACGCUUUAGAUUCUUAGUCCCAAUAUAAAUAUUCAGUCUCACUCAUUUACCAUACACUGUGUUCGAGUACUUUUUUUAAGAAAAAAGAAAGAAAUGUCACAAAAUGACAAAUGAUUGUGUGGCAGACAAAUGGAAACAUCUUCAUGAAACGUCCAUGGGAUUUUUUUUACCCUGAGUUGAGCCUCCAAGGAAGAUCAUCUCAGGCUGUGUACAAAUUCCAUUGUCUUUGCUUGUAUCAUUAGCCCAUAACCCAGGUGAUGGUACCAUUUUAGAGUUUUAGAGGUUGAGAUGUUGUUGUGGCAAUAAACAAUUGGAAGGAGUUGUUGGGAGGUAAAGUUUAGGGUGAAAAUCUUCCAAUUCAAAAUGGGUCACUUCAGUCCUGGAGAGCCAUCGGAAGCGGCCACUUCUAAAUUUUCUAGUUUUCACUAGCAUUGGGCUGAUUUCUUCUCAGGUAUUUUGCAUCCCUGUAUCACUAUCUGCUUUGACUUAUAUUUGACAAAUAUCUAGUUUGAGUUGAAAAUGGCUCAUUGAGGCCACACUCUUGUCUCUCCAGGACUGGAUCUCCUGCCAUUUGAAGGACUGUGUUUAGGGUCUAAUGUGGAGAUAUUUUUGUAGUUCUUACCACUCUUUCAAGUGGUGCCGGAUGUGCAGUGUCACAAUUUUACAUAUUAAGAACACGUGAACCAACCAGAGCUGUGAACUGAAAAAUUACAGAUACAAACUCUUUGGCAAGUUUCUGCUGUACCUAAAUGACUGUCAACCUGGAAGGUUGGCUCAUGAUUGGCCAGUCAACUUUAUUUUAAGUUUUGCCCUUAUAAAGCUUAUGGAAAAAUUAAUUGGAAAAGUCAUAACACAUGAAAAUGUACACCCGACAUCACUUGAAAGCUCUAUUAGGUCACCACACCGACAGAGGAAACAGGAUGUGACAUCAAGCAGACUCAAACAAAACCCAUCAGCACUUCAACCUGGUACUAAUGAGGACACAACAGCUGGUCUCAACAUGUGUGUCAGUCCGAGUGUGUGCAUGUGUGUGUAUGUGUGAGCACCUCUACGUGUACAUGCAUAUGUGUGUAGUGGUGAGGUGAUUUUUUACGUGUAGCCUUGGGUGAUUGUUCCAUAAACAGUUGUGCAGGGGUCAGCAGUUCAAAUGACAGAAUGACAGAAACCUGUUCUUUAUUGUCUGUGCAGCACUGAGGCCUCUGUGUGUCACACACACACACACACACACACACACACACACACACACACACACACACACACACACACACACACACACACACACACACACA